AUGGAAGGAUCGUCAAGUGCACGACCAUCGAAAACUACGAGUGUAGCACCUUGUUUUUGGACAAACUCCGAAGUGUUACAAUGGAUGAAGAAUAGUUUACCUGAACUAUUUAACAAAUACGGUGGAUUUUUCAAAAAUCAUGGAAUCAGCGGACGAACUCUAUUCAUGUUAAAUGAUAAUCUACUUUUGGAAAUGGGUAUCAAUGAUGCACAAGAUCGAGCACAGUAUCGUAUCGAAAUAUCAAAAUUGAAAAUCAAAUCGGAUUUGCUAACGUUGAAGAACACUCAUCAUAAAGGUAACAUUCGAUUUAUCGAUGAGAAUUCCAUCAAUGACUCGUCCCAAAACGAACAUAUAUAA